UAGAAAUGAACACUUAUCAGCUGCUUUAAUAGGAAAACCUGCAUGCCUGUUAAUGCAAUUAUCCACUCAGCCAAUCAUGUGGCAGCAGCCCAAACCAUAAAAUCAUGCAGAUACAGAUCAAGAGUUUCAGUUAAUGUUCAGUUGACCUCAGCAUAGGGGGGGAAAAAUGUGAUGUCAAUUGCUUUGAUGUUGGUGCCGGACAAAUUGUUUUGAGUAUUUCAGAAGUUAAUCUUCUGGGAUUUUUUAAUUUAAAUUUUCACUCCAGUCUUGGUUUUUUUUUUUUUUUUUUGGGAGGGGGACAAAUCACCUGGCCUUGUUCCAAUUUCCGACUGUCCAGUUUAGGACAAAUUCCUAUUCUUGGCUGAUGGAAGUUGAACCCAGUGUAGUCACUGUUGUAGGCCAUCUGCCUCAAAGUUGAUGUGUGUUAUGAGAUGCUUUUCUGCUCACCAUGGUUGUAAAGAGUGGUUGAGUUACUGUAGACUUCCUGUCAGCUUGAACCAUUCUGGCCAUUCUCCCCUGACCUCUCUCAACGUCUUUGAUCAGUUGCUGAAAUACUCAAAGAAACCCUUCUGGCAACAGCAACAAUGCCACGGAUAAAGGUUUUUUUAUUUUUAUUUAAAUGGCUUGCAUGCAUUUGCACUUAGGCAGGGUUUGCUUGAGCAAAUGAACACUGACGUGGGUGAAGAAGGAAAAGGAGAAAAGGCAAGGAAGUUGGAAACAUCUGACCCCAAUGUUUCUGUACUUGCUGAACCCACUGAGGGUUCAACAAAUGGGUUCUUUAAGCCUCUCGUGCCUCAAGUGAGUGGAACAGGAUUAUUAUUAUUUUUUUAAAUUUGGAGUGCAGUGUACUAGACUUUUUCUUCCUCUGUGUAGGCUGAAAUAAUAAGCCAGCAAGGCCAGCCUUCUGGAUUAGGCUAUACCUUUAACAGUCACCUAACUGCUGAGGAAAAUGUUUUGGGAUGGCUGAGGUUUCUCUUGGAGACUGACCACAGAUGCAGUGAAGGCACCUUGCAGAGUGAACAGCCACUAUGGAGAUUUUACUGACUUGCCAUGAUUUCUACGGACCCUGUCUAAACUGUUUCCAGAAAAAUGUGUACUUUUGUCUCCUCUCUCAAGCUGUUGCAUGCACAGAGCACAUUGGUGGUAGUUUAGCAUCAAGCAGCAUCUUUGUAACAUGGAUUCAUUGUAUUGUUAUUCAUUGUUGACCCCACUGUUAACCCCACAGCCUGUAUUCACUACUUUAUGUUCAUUUUAUGUUUUUAAUUGUCACUAGUUGUAUUUUCACUUGCAUGAACACUUGCUCACAUGCUGUAAAAUCCUGCUCCCAAAAGCACACUGUUUUGCUCUUCACGGUUUGCCAACUUUAUGUCCGGUCCCUUGAUUUCCGCUUCUGUCUUUUUUGUCUUGGUUGCUGGUAAAUCUUUUUUUUUUUUCUCUCCCCUCCCCCACCUCUUUUUUUGUACCUUGCAUAUUUUUGUACAACUUUAAAGUAGAGGAAAACAAACCUAAUAAAGCUGUGUUAAAUGUUUGACCUUGUCAUUAAUGAACAUAACCAUGCCACCAUGAGUACCUUAACACUUGUAGACACAUUGCACUGUAACCAAGUAUUUUGCACCAGUUAAUAUUCCACUUGGCCAAACUUGCAUCUUGGGAAAUGGGUUUCUCAAGGAUUCUUUGCAGAGUUAAAGGCUCUUAGCUUCCCAAAGUUGUUUUACUUGGAACCAUCUCUGGUGUGUCACCACUGCUGGAACUAUGGGUUUCCCCACAGAGUACUGUAAUGUGAUCCUUAAGGUUUCUAGACUUCUUUUAAGUGUAUAGUGUUCUAUUCCUGUUGGGAUUUCAUGUUUGUUAAAAUGAGAAUUGAAUGGGGGUUAAUACCAGUAUUAUCCACACCCUUCAAAAGAAUGGGCAAAACUUAAACAUUACAUAUGGUUUACACUCUGUGUGUGUGUGUGGUGGGAGAUAUAGAGAACUAUAUAUUUUCCUGUUUCUUUUAUUUUUUUUUAUACCCAUAUACACCAGUGGUGUGUGCAUGUUUGGUAGCUUGGUGGAAAAGAAUCUGUAAUACAAGGCAUAAGUCCCUAAACCUGCUGAUAAAAUAUACUGGCUCAUUUAUGGUGUGGGGUUGUUUGUGGGUCAGGCAGGCUGGUCAUGCACCCAAAACCCAACCUCUGUUUCACCAACAUUUAAACAAAUGGCCCUAUUCCACAAUUUAGUAGAUCCCAUGGGAAACCAUUUGGCUUAGGACAACUUUCCUGGUUGUCCACUCAGUGGCUCUUGUAAGUAUUGAUUGCUUUGUGAAUGUGGAUAUUUUAUUGGAAAGCCUUGUUUCUUCUGUCAGAUCAACACAGAAAUGGAGGCAGGGACAUAGAAUGUGUGUUUUUGCAGUGAGUUGACCCUUACUAUGGUAGCAGUCUGUCUGUGUCAAGUGUUGUUGCAUUCUUGAUACUGUUUAGUUGAUUAAUUUUCUAUAAGAGCAACUUGGACAGCAGUUCUGGCUGAAAUUCACAGGUUUUACUAAUUUGCUUCUUGUAAUAGAUCAUUUCUCCAGUAACAAUUCUCACAGGGACUUGUUUGGAAGAUGGUCUAUAUAAUCUAAGACUAUUAAUAAACAGGUCAAAUAUGUGGUGUUAAAAAUGUGUAAACACAUCUAUGGAAGAAGUCUUUUGUGAUGGUCGAUAUGUUUUCCUCAAGCAUAACUUCUUCAGGACCGACGAGUUUGCACUUUCCAUAACAAGCUGUAUUUUUUUUUUUUUUUUUUUUUUUGGUCGUCUUGUUAACUUGGGGAGAGAGUGAAAGAGUGACUGGUAAGGGAACGACUGUUAAGCAACGUGAAACUAUUGUAAUUACAAAUGGACAAAAGUAUGAUGUGCCAUCCAUCCAUUUCCAUACUGCUCAUCCUACACAGGGUAGCAAGGUAGCCUAUCCCAGGAUAGGCAGGAGAUGGGAGACACCCUGGACACGGUGCCAACCCAUCGGAGGGAGCAAACACACACACACACACACUACAGACAAUUUAGAGAUGCCAAGUAGCUUACAACACGUCUUUGGACUGGGGGAAGAAACCGGAGUACCCGGAGGACGCCCCUGAAGCAUGGGGAGGGCAUGUGGGAUCUGUGCACACAGGGCGGAGGCAGGAUGCAAGCCCCUGACCCUGUAUGUGCAAGGUAAGCGUGCUAGCCAGUAAGCUGCCAUGGCCUGCCCACCAUGUGCCAUUUUAUUUUUUACUAAGUGUUACAACCCGCUAUCUUUGGGAUGGGAAGUUUUUUUUUUUUUUCUGUGCGCUGUGCCAUAUUUUGUGGACAGGUCCGAACUCCCUCCCAGAGUUUCCAGCCUGCCUUGCUCCUGCCUCCCCGGAUGACCUCACUAAAUGGUUGCCAUAUUUAAAGAGGAAGAGGAGUGAGAAUGGUGUGAUCUGUUGCUAGGAGAGUGUUUGGUUCGUGUUGCUUGCCUUGUGGCUAUCAAAAUUCUGUAUUCUGACUGGUGUCUGAACUCCCUCCCAGAGUUUCCAGCCUGCCCUAGCCUGCCCUAGUCUGCCUUGCUCCUGCCUCCCCGGAUGACAUCGCUAAAUGGUUGCCAUAUUUAAAGAGGAAGAGGAGUGAGAAUGGUGUGAUCUGUUGCUAGGAGAGUGUUUGGUUUGUGUUGCUUGCCCUUGUGGCUAUCAAAAUUCUGUAUUCUGACUGGUGUUCUGGUUUUCACUCUUGUCUGUUUUUUUAAAUUUUUUUUUUUUAGUUUGGUUGUAUCUCUUUAUGUAUAUUCUUCACCACUGUAUAUAUGAUGCACUUGGUUCACCAGCAGUAGGGGUGUGGCUGCCAUUUUUUUUGGGAGAGGGUCAUUUUGUCUGUGUUUUUGGCUCAGGUAGCUAGGGAAGUAUCCUUGUAUUAUUUAUUUUUUUUGUUAUCUUCCUUUUAGGUAAGCUAGCUACCUAACAAAAGAAUACUCUUGUUCAUUAUUUUGGUCUUGGCCCACUCUGAAGGUACAUCUGGUGUUUGCUUCUUUGUAUUGUUGUAUGUAUAUAAUUGUGUGUUACAGUAUACCACAACUUUUUAACACAAACCUGUUUGUGUUGUUAUUCCUGGCUUCCCUUAUUUAAAGGUCAAAUUCCAUUGAAGCGCGAGCUGGUUACUCUAUGCGGCCUAACCUAGACUGGACCGUAACAUAAGUUAAAAUCUUAAUUGUUGACAAAUUGCUGUGCAAUAAGGGGACAACACUUUGGGAUGUGCCAUUAUAGGAAAAUAAUCCAUAUCCAUGUGGUAACAGUGCGUCAUCUUGGCAUUAGGCAACAUCACACCACCCCGUUGUUGUUGAUUAAUUUUCUGUAACAGUACGCCCCCAAGUGUUUUAUCCUUCACGUGCUUUGCCUAUUCACUUUAUGACCUAGAUAUUUUACUCAUUUGCAUGAAAGGUGCCAAUAAUUCAAUUGACUGUAAAUAUAAAACGCGUGUGUAAUUCAAAACGAUUCAGUAAACGAAUUUGACCAAAACAUUUCUAUACACAGGUUAAUGUCAGUGGAAAUGGAUGACAUGUGCGAGCGUGCGUUCGCGUGGCCGCGCGCGCUUCAGCGGGGGCGGGGAGGGGGGCAGCUCUCGCCUCUGCGGAUACACACUAGUGAAUUUCUACAACCGUUUUCUGCCUGUUUUCACUAGCAGUGGCGAAAGGGACAAAUGUCGAAAUCCGACUCGGAGAUCUGUGAAAUCCCCCGGUCAUUUGCGCCGAAUCCUUCAUGUUAUUCUAGCGGCUUGUGUGCAUAAGGAGGACGGCAAUUCACAAUAGCUCACCAGCGUUACGCCAUGGGUAUUGGUUAGCUAGCGAGGCUGUUGUGUCUGAAUUGUUGGAGCUCGUGUAAGCAAUAAUAGCCCUUAUUGAUCUACGGAGCCUGGUGAAACAUGCUGAUCUGCACUCGAAUGGUGGCAAGUUGAUGGCGAACUCAUGACCGUGUAAAACUGGUUGGAGAUCCGUUCUCUGAGGAGAUGCUGAAGAGAAGUCCAUUGCUAUGUGAUUCUCUCAGAUGCUCAUCAGUUUCACUUUGGAGCUUCACAUAUGCUGAGCUAUGGUGCUACUAAUCCAUAGCUUUAGCAUUAACGACAGCAGCUGCCUCUGCAUGAUCGUCACAGCCAUGCUGAAACCUGCUGGUCCACAGAUGGAUUGAUGCCUGAAAGCAGUUAUUGGCAACUCUGCCCUUCCUCAAAUUCUGGUGUGCAGGGCGUGCUGAGUUCCAGCUUCCCCCCCGGCCCUGUGCCUCUGGGAUCUUCUGCUUCCCACCUGCCGGAGGGGGACAACCUGAAUCGCCCGCUCGCCCCGAGCACCUCUGUGACGGACCUGUCUUUUCCCGGGCCUCCGCCUCCCCCCCCGCCACCCCCAAAACGCCACUGUCGUUCGCUGUCUGUGCCGGAGGACCUCUCACGCUGCCGGUACACCUGGCGGCCAAGUGCCUCCAAGGUCUGGACACCAGUGAACCGCCGAUGCCACAGUGGGGGGGGCGCGGGGGGGCCAUGUCCGCUGCGUGCCCCCAGUUCCUCUCUUAAUUCUUCUCUGCAUUCUUCCUCGAGCCCCACUUUCUUCAGCUUGGCCCUUUCCCCUGAUUCCCCACUGCCAUGGAGUUUCCCCUGGGACCCGAGUGACGCAGCUGGAGGUGGCGCCUGUUGUUGCUUCUUCCCUUCCGCUUCCUCGUGCUCUUCCUCUCCGUCUCCUCUUCACCCCCCUCCUCCUCCACAGCGACGCUUCUCGCUCUCUCCCGUGCUCAUCCGCGAAGCCGCCGCACACUUCCUUCCUCCUCCCCAGGUGCCCCUACAGCCUGCGUCCCAUCCUCCAGCCGUGCCCGCCUCGCCGUCCUCCGCAUGCAGCACUCCAUCUUCUGUGCGCCGCGCUCUUCCUCCUCAACUUCCACGCUGUCACUCUCAGCCAUGUGACCUCCUCCUGCUCAAGCCUGGCCUGAAGCGUCGCAGGGACCCGGACAGACCAUGUGCACGGCCUGUGCUAGACUUCGCAAAAAUGACACAGACCCGAAGCACAGAUCCCCUCAGCUGUUUGGACCGUGGUAGACUCGCCUGCGGAGGUGACCUCUGCAUGGGCCUCGAACCUUUUUUUGGAGAUUUCAGAGGGUCAUGUUCACCCGCUGAAGGUUUAGGAAGGACGAGUAUCGGACCGCUGAGUGAAAGUGAUGAGGAAGAGGAAGAGGAGGAGAGGGAAGAGGCAGACUCGUCACGUGACGGAGGACAGCAAAGUGUUUUUGAGAGGGAUUGUACAGAAUUAGACAUUACUCUCAUUGAGGAGAAUUGAAAAAAAAAAUGUGUAAAGGAAACUUUUUUUUUUUUCCUCUCACCCCUCUCUUGCAUUGCCAGCAUUCAACCCAUUUGUUCACCACCUGCUACAUUAGCAGGCCUCUCAGGAACUCUGCUGCUCUCUCACGAGCUGUGCAGGUGUAUAAAAUCUCAUUGAUGCAUAAAUGAAGACAUGUUGACUAGUAGCAGUUAUUACAGGUUAAUGCAGUUGGUUAUGGAUGUUGACCCGAUAUCAUAUUACAUUCCAGAAUCAGUUGCAAAGAAACACUAAGGAUGUGAAUAUUAGACAGCUGGUGGACACUCGCUAGGAAAUUUAGAUGUUCUCUAAACUCUAAAUUAAAAAAAAUAAAUAAAAAAUCACUGAAAGGCAGAAUUCGAGGGGAACUGAGCGUCUUGAGCUUCUUGCUGUGUUUCUUUUUCUUGUCUUUUUUUUCUUUCAACAUGUUUUCUUAGUAGAAAUAGUCUUUCGUGGAUGAUAGUUAUGAAUAACAGUGUUUUUGUUCAGUUUGAAUAAAAAAAAAAAGGUCAACAUGAGAGCUGUACUUUACUCUUUGGGCCUUUCUACUUCCUGAGAAAAGUCCAUCUAAUUCAGCAUAAGCCUUAAGAUGCCUUUUUCCUUUAUCAAAAAGACUCUUGAAGGAAUUGACUUGUGUAUCUGUUGUCCUUCCUACUGUUACUUUUUUGCUGUCUCUUUUUUAUCUUUUAACCUGUACAAUGCAUUCCUCGAAAAAACUGAAUACAUUGAGUGUACAUUGAGUUAUGCACUGUAUUUUGAGGCAGAAACAGGAAAAAAAACAACCAACCACUGUAUUCUGAAGGCACACUGAAAUGCUGAACUCAUCGCAUUGUACAGUAUUUGUUCGAAACAGAUUGACUGAAGAUGGUACCUUGAAGGGUGGAAGGUAUUUUUUUCUGUCUUUUUCUGUUGUAUGUGUAAUAAGAUUGAAAGUUCUGAUUCAGUUUAUGCAUAAAUAAAGUUUAUUUGAAAUUAUUUUACAGAGAAAGUCAAAUGCCGGGUGUCCAAAAUCCAUUUUGUAUCUGUUUGAAAUGAGGGGGAUUGUUUUAUGGUAAUGAAUAUUUUUCAUUAAGCAGCACAAGCUCCCCAUACACAAUCUGUUGUCAUUUCUUCCCCUAGUGCUGUCAGGUAAAGAUUUAUUGAGUUUCUGCCAGUUUGAGCCCGGUCUUCCUCUGACUGGAUGCAAUUCAGCUUGAGUUUGUGGGCUCUUUCGGUGUUGCACUUGCUAUUCUAAAUGAUUCCACACAUUUCAGUGGGAUUGAGAGUCAGAGAUUCCAAAAGUGUCCCAGUAUUCUGUGAUGCUCAUUGAACAGGUGACUCAAGAUUUGGCUUCAUGCACUGUACAGAUGUCAUCCUGAAACGUGUCAGUAUUGUGUUCUGCUUGGACAUGAAAGACAAAAGACAACCUCAGAAUCUGGCUAACAUUUGACCAUUUGCUUUCAUGCUGUUACAUUCAUUCAUGUUUGUACACUACAAGGUGUCCAAAGUCUCUAUAUGUAG